ACUCUUGCAUUGCGACACCAAAUCGGGAAAAUUAUGAUGUGGCUUCAGUCGCGUGUUCGAGGAAGUCGGAAUUGGAGAUUAGAACGAUGUGUAUUAAGUCCACUAAUGACUGAUGCGUUUAUAUGUUUAUCAUAGAAUUGGGAGGCCAAUUUUCAAACGGAUAUAGAGAUUUUUACUUUUGAAGUUGAAGCACAAUAAAUCGUGACUGAGCGGAAGCGGAGCUCGAGGCGGUUUUCCUCCGACAUAACUACCCGAAUCGUGGCCGAAGCACAGUGUUAUCAACCAGCUGAAGAAAUCAUUCACCGCGCUGAUUGAAAGGAAACAAAAAUACGAGUUGCUUUUUGUUCACGCAUUUAAGUCCAAGAAAUGACUGACUUCAAGAUAGAAGCUAGGGAUCGCCAAUACCAUGGAUUCACAGGUAAUGAAGAAUCUUGGGAAGGUCCGUACAUGUUUGUGGUGGGAACUGAUCCACAGUAUGGCAUGAUUGACACCAUGGCCGGCAAGGAAGACAUCACUUGGGAUCAGGAGGUGGCGCUAACAAGACAAGCCAUCGAAGCAGUCAACGCCAUGACACCAAGGCCAAAGUUUUUUGUAGUGUGUGGGGACCUUGUUCAAAGCUGUCCAGGAGAGUACCUUCGGGAUGAGCAAGAAGCAGACUUCAUCAAAGAGUUCUCAAAGCUUGAUCCUGAGAUCCCUCUUGUUCUGGUCAGUGGUAACCAUGAUGUUGGUAGAAUACCGGAUGCGGCAUCCAUUGCAGCUUACACAGAAAGGUUUGGAGAUGAUUACUAUGGUUUCUGGGCUGGUGGUGUUCGGUUCUUAGUCCUCAACACUCAGAUGUACCAUGAUGACAGUAAAUCCAAAGAGAUUAGAAAGCAGCAUGAUGAUUGGCUGCUUCAAGAACUGGAAGCAAUCAAAACGUCAGGAUGCAAGCAUGCAGUGGUAUUCCAACACAUAGCAUGGUUUCUCCAGGAGCCAGAUGAAGAGAAAGUCUAUUUCAAUAUUGAAAAGGAAUUCCGCCUAAAGAUGCUGGAAAAAUUUAAUGACGCUGGAGUGAAGGUUGUUUUCUCCGGUCAUUAUCACCAAAAUGAUGGCGGAUUCUACAAGGGGGUUGAGCAGGUGGUGACCUCUGCGAUGGGCUGGCAACAGAGGGCGACAGACAUACCAGGUAUCAGGAUCGUGAAGGUAAAGGAAGAGGGUAUCACACAUCAGUAUUAUGAGAUGGAUCAUAUUCCAACGACAAUAAGCUUGAAAGAAUAAAGAGUAGAAAAACAACAGGGUAGAAAUGGAUGGAUAUAUUUUUUAUCUAUUAAUCUCAAGUAGGUAUGUAUGAUGGUGUUAAGGGUCUAUUUUAAGCA